AUGACUAGUACAUCUUCCAUGACAAGUACAUCUUCCAUGACUAGUACAUCUUCCAUGGCUAGUACAUCUUCCAUGACAAGUACAUCUUCCAUGACAAGUACAUCUUUCAUGACUAGUACAUCUUCCAUGGCUAGUGCAUCUUCCAUGGCUAGUGUAUCUUCCAUGACUAGUGCAUCUUUUAUGACAAGUAGACCUUCCAUGACUAGUGCAUCUUCCAUGACAAGUACAUCUUCCAUGACUAGUGCAUCUUCCAUGACAAGUAGACCUUCCAUGACUAGUGCAUCUUCCAUGACAAGUACAUCUUCCAUGACAAGUAGACCUUCCAUGACUAGUAAACCUUCCAUGACUAGUACAUCUUCCAUGACUAGUGCAUCUUUUAUGACAAUUACAUCUUCCACGACUAGUACAUCUUCCAUGACUAGUACAUCUUCCAUGACUAGUACAUCUUCCAUGACUAGUGCAUCUUUUAUGACAAGUACAUCUUCCAUGACUAGUACAUCUUUUAUGACAAGUACAUCUCCCAUGACUAGUGCAUCUUUUAUGACAAGUACAUCUUUAAUGACUAGUACAUCUUCCAUGACUAGUACAUCUUCCAUGACUAGUACAUCGUUCAUGACAAGUACAUCUUCCAUGACUAGUACACAUUCCAUGACUAGUACAUCUUCCAUGACUAGUACAUCUUCCAUGACUAGUACAUCUUCCAUGACUAGUACAUCUUCCAUGACUAGUACAUCUUCCAUGACUAGUACAUCUUCCAUGACUAGUACAUCUUCCAUGACUAGUACAUUUUCCAUGACUAGUACAUCUUCCAUGACUAGUACAUCUUCCAUGACUAGUACAUCUUCCAUGACUAGUACAUCUUCCAUGACUAGUACAUCUUCCAUGACUAGUACAUUUUCCAUGACUAGUACAUCUUCCAUGACUAGUACAUCUUCCAUGACUAGUACACUUUCCAUGACUAGUGCAUCUUUCAUGACCAGGACACCCACCUUUUAUGACAAGGUUACCUUCCAAUACUAG